AUGAACGUCCUACGUACAGGGGCCAAUGUUCCCCGGAUCUUGCGAUCCAGUCAACCCCGGAGUCUUCUCCGCACGCACUUCCGCAUUCAACCCGCCCCGAGCCGGGCUUUUCAUGCUGGCCCCUCGCUUUGGGGAAUUAAAUCGCAGAUUUUGAAGGAUGUCCAGAUCAUUCAAUGGUAUGUGGAAGAGGGGGCCCAUAUUGAAGAGUGGAAGCCGCUUUGUCAAUACCAGUCGGAUAAAGCUGUCGACGAUAUCACGUCACGAUAUGCGGGUGUGAUCAAAAAACUUCAUUUUGAAGCGGAUGACACGGUGCCAACAGGCAGGGCCUUGUGCGAUAUCGAAGUCGAGGACGGGCAAUAUCCCGAUGACCAUGCUGCCCACGAGCCAGCACCGGAGGCCGAGAGUGCGCCUGCAGUGACAACUCCAGAGGUUGAAGCACUGUCACCCGUGCAGGCUGCAGAGACCUCACCUCUAGAUCCUCAACUUCCAAUCACCGAAGAGCCUGCGCAGAUUCCCAAAUCGAAGCACGCAUCUCUUGCGACUCCAGCUGUGCGAGGUCUCUUGAAAACGCACAACGUGGAUAUCCUGGAGAUUACCGGCACCGGCAAGGAAGGACGAGUUCUCAAGGAGGACGUUCUCAAACAUAUCGAGACACGAGACACAUCCCCAUCACAACAAGCCCUCGCCCACAGCACCACGACAACAACAACCAUGACCACCAAUUCCACCGUCGACACCCGACAGAUCGAGUCCGCCGUCCCUCUCACCCCCAUCCAAUCCGCCAUGUUCAAAACCAUGACCAAAUCCCUCACCAUCCCCCACCUCCUGUACACGGACGAGCUCAAGAUCAACGACAUUUCCACCAUCCGCAAAAGGCUCCUCGCCGACUCUCGCGAUCCCAAAAAGCUCACUUUCCUCCCCUUCGUCGUCAAGGCCGUCUCCCUCGCCCUCACCCAAUACCCCAUUCUCAACGCCCGCAUCGACACCACCACCGACCCCAAUAAACCCAAACUCAUCAUGCGCGAGAGACACAACAUCGGCAUCGCAAUGGACACCCCACGAGGCCUCAUCGUACCCAACAUCAAAGACGUCGCCAACCGGUCCAUCCUCGACAUUGCCGCCGAAAUUGCCCGGCUGAGCGCCCUGGGACGAGAAGGUAGAUUGGGCCCGGCCGAUCUGAACGGCGGCACUAUUACCGUGUCGAAUAUUGGGAAUAUUGGCGGGACGUACGUUGCGCCGGUGAUUGUUCCGUCCGAGGUGGCUAUCUUGGGUGUGGGGAGGACGAGGACGGUCCCGGUCUUUGAUGAGAAGGGGGAGGUGACACGUGGAGAUAUGGUGAACUUCAGUUGGAGUGCGGAUCAUCGAGUGAUUGAUGGGGCGACGAUGGCGCGCAUGGGCAACCGGGUGCGUGAAUUGAUCGAAUCGCCGGAGCUGAUGCUUUUGAAUUUGCGAUGA